UAGUCAUCUUGUCGCGAUGUGAAGGCUUAAGUGCGAUGAAUCUCAUGGGCCAUGCUGACGGAGACAGCUUUGCUUGAGCUGGCUGCCUCCUAGGGGUCACCCUUGUCAGACGGGUCAUGAGACGAGCACGAAACUAAGAACUACCCCUCCCACCUAACAGAUGUCUGUUUUUCCCACAUUGGGCGGUCUGUUAGAUAUCUGUUGAUUUGCUUCUCCUGUCACUGAGACAGGGCAAUUCAACAGAUAGUCCGUUUUGAAUCCGUUGAUUCACGCACUUAAGUGUGCAAGUCCUGAAAUCCAUCAAGCGUCUGUUCCAGAUUGGGCGGCUUGAUGGUCUGUUUGCUCCCAGUGGGACGGCAGUUUACAGUCCUGGCAGUAGGCCAAAAAUGCAAACCCCCCCCCCCCCCCCAAGAAUGUCAGAAGAGAAAAAAUGCCCCUCGUAUCCGGUCCGGGGCUUGAUAAUAUCCGGAGACCCUAUUCCCACAGCGGCGACACCGGGCUGUGGUGAAUCGAAUGUGACUGGAGUCCGGACUAGUCAGGUGGUAGCACCAGGCUUGACUACUCCGCGAGUGUCUGGAGCAACAACAAAAACAACAACCGCAAGUAGCCGGCCCAAGCUGGCUGCUUGUAAACCAAAACCGCCCACUAAGCCUUCGGGUGUGGGUAAAGGUCCCAGCGGUGAGGUAUCUCUGCCGGUCGUGGCGAGUACCUCUGCAGCCGCAAAAGCAGCCCUUGCUGAUUCAAAGUCAGCUCAACCCUUGAUUUCGGGUGACAACAAGGUCUCCCAAGUGCCCUGUGCGAAUGUGGAAUCGUCGACCCUGAUGUCGGAUUCCUCUGCCGCACCUCCCCCUACAUUGGAAAAGUCGUCGAACUCGUUGUCGGGCUCUUCCAAUGUAUCCCUAGAGUCUUUCCCCAGGCACAAAACACCUUCCAGAAGGGCUUUUGUUCAUCGGCGGGCCGCCGAGCGCAUCGUUGAGCGUCAUGGUGCCAAACCCAGCGAUGCUUUGACGAGUGACGAGAAAUCGUCCCUCGAUUGGGCGAAAAGCCUCCUGGCUAGGCUAAAGGGCUCCAAUCCUCCAGCCGAGGCAGAAGUGGUUAGACCUGCUGCCGAGGCGCCUAAACGGCAACGAUCUGAGGAGGAGACCCUUACUUCUAUGCCGAGUGUCCAGCCGACUAAACGUCGAAAACAGGCGCAAACCAUUGUCAUCAAUAGGCCUUUCAGUGAAGUUGCUAGAAACCCACUGAUAAGGGCUAUUGUUGACCAUAGCAACAGUGACGGAGCCAUCUCCCAGGAAAAAUGGGGGACUAUCCGUCAGAAGAUGCUAGGCGUGUACUGGAAGAUCCUCAAGGAGAAUCCAGGACCCGCUCCCCAAAACGAUGAUGCUGGCUGGUACCAGGGUCACAUUAAGCUGCUAGCUUGUUCAAAUGAGCGCUCUGCGCUUCUGCUUAAGCUAGCUAUUCAGUCCCUUGGGGAAGUGUGGCCAGGUGCAAGGUUGGACGUGAUCCCGGUAAGCGAAAUUCCUCGCAGACCGAGAUCAAUUGCCACCAUCCCAACUGAGCCACAUGACCCGGCGGAAAUUCUGGCGUUCCUACAAAGCGGAAAUCCUCACCUACCUACCCAUGACUGGAAGGUGGUGAAGGUUUCCGCCCCGAUGGGAAAUGUUAGAAAGGCGACUGUAGUCCUUAAUAAGGAAACGUUGGCGCCAUUGAGUGAAUGCGGAGGUAAGGUUUACUAUGGCUUUGAUAGUAUCUCCCUUCGCAUUUACCGCAGUGACGCCAAACGCAGCGCCGCCGCCUCUGGUUCCAAACUAGAGGCUCCGCCCAAAGAGGAUGAUGGAAAGGCCGACGAUCCCGCUGGUUCUGAGAACCAAGAAGACUCCCAGUCUACCACCGGUAUGAUGGGUGAUCUUCUUGGCAAUCUGAGGUUAGCGGAGGACGGAGACAGUUCACAGGAUUCCGAUCCUGAGGACGUCGACGUCACAGUCGUGUACGAUCCUGACCUUGGAGAUGGUGAAGGUAACCCAGAUUAACCUUCACCACUCCAAAGCAGCAUCAGCUGCUUUGCUCCUCCGGCUGGCUGAGAGAGGGGAGGAGCUCAUCUUGGUCCAAGAACCGUGGACCCACCACGGCAAAAUCCUUGGACUAUCUCUCAGAGGCUACAAACUUCUGUAUUCAAAUCCUGCAGUGAUGAGGAUACGGUAGCGGCGGCACUUGAGACCGGAAAUUCCACCAUCUGGCUCCUAAGCUGCUACAUGGCGCAUGACCAUGGUGAACAACCGCCAAACGACCUGGUCAGAAACUUAAUGCGCGAAGCAAAUAGGCGUCACGUUCCUGUGAUAAUUGGCGCUGAUGCUAAUGCUCAUCACAGUGUCUGGGGCAGUUCAGACACCAACAGCAGAGG